AUUAUAACAAAGGGAUAAUCCUCAUUCACCAAGUUUCUGCCGGUUACUACUCACUCUUUAGUUGCAUUCUCAAACUCUCCCAGGUAACUGCCACAAAACUCAUUCAUUGCCCUGUCUUUGUUUUUCUCUCUCAUUCACCAUUCAUUCUUGUUCCCUUGUUCUUACAAACUUCAAUGAGUGAAUGUUAUCCAAAAAUUCUAGCACUAGGACUAGGGGUCAACCUUGUUUAGAUUUCUGAAAUUUCCUCUUUGUGCUUGUCACUUUGUUCAACAUAUCAUUACUUCAAUUACUUGAUCUGUUCCUGUUAUGUCUUUUGAGUUGUAAAAGGUUCAGCCGAGUCAAAGAUUUUUGUCUGCAAUAGCUUUAGUUAGUAAUAGCAAAGCACCUCACAAACUAGAUCUCUGUAGAAAGUACAAUUUUACUGUGUUACAAGCAACAUGAUUUCCACGGAUUCCCUUUUGGAAAAUUUUCCUGGUUCCGUGAAUGGAUUUCUAUUUGAAAAUGGUCCUGUUUCGGUAUUCUCGAAUCAGAAUCCUGAAAGUGGGUUCAAGUUCGAUGAUUCAUGUUCCCCUUCAGAAUCUGCCACUGAUUCUGGUCCUGCUUCUGGGACAAGCUCAAAUGGAGAACAUGCUGAGAGUACUAAACAUUCCAAUCCAAUUCUCAGAUACAUAAGCGAUAUCCUCAUGGAGGAAGAGGAUGAUUUAGAGCGCAAACCUUGCAUGUUGCAAGAUUGUUUGAGGCUCCAGGCUGCUGAAAAAUCCUUCUAUGAUGCACUGGUUCAAAGCCACCCUUCAUCACCCCAUGAAUUCCGUGAUGAUAACCCUGACCCAGAUGAUAAUUUUGCUGGAAGUGGAACCACUAGUUCUGAGAGUUAUAGCAGUUAUACCACUGAUAAUUCAUGUGACUCUGAUUGGUUUAAUGGUUCUGGUGACUUUGAGGCUUCUUUCCUACAAAGAUCUCUGAUUGAUCCGUUUAGAGAGACACAAGCAGUGGUCCAUUUAUCAAAUGGAGCCUGGAAUACGAUCCAAUCUCGGAACAUGCCUCGCGUGUUUGAAGAGGGUGUGAUGCAUGGUUCUAUGACAGCUAGAGGAUCAAGGGAGAAGAGAAGCCAUCUGAUGAAUGAUAUCUCACAUGAAGAAGAAGAGAGAAGCACCAAGCUUUCAGCUGUCUCCUCUGAUGAUUCAGAGCCAUCUAGCCUGUUUGAUGAGGUGCUGCUUUGCAAGGAUGGCAAGAGUCCGGCCAUUUUUUAUGCUGACCGUGAACCAUCGUCAGCACAGAUUGCUGACUCGGGUGCGAAGACAACGCGUUCGAAGAAAGGUUCCAACAAGGGGACAAGAGCAAGUACAACAGUGGACUUGUGGACUUUGCUAACUCAAUGUGCACAGGCUGUGGCUAGCUAUGACCAAAGGACUGCAAAUGAAAUUCUCAAGCAGAUUAGGCAGAACUCUUCACCAUUUGGCGAUGGACUUCAGCGGUUGGCUCAUUACUUUGCUGACGGCCUUGAGACACGGUUAGCUGCUGGGACACCAAAAUUCAUUCUCUUUCAGUCAGCAUCUGCUGCUGAUAUGUUGAAAGCUUACAGAGUGUAUAUCACAGCAUCGCCAUUUCAUAGGAUGUCGAAUUUCCUGGCUAACCGCACUAUUUUGAAGCUAGCACAAAAUGAAAGCAGUCUUCACAUUAUUGACUUUGGAAUUAGCUAUGGCUUCCAGUGGCCUUGCCUCAUCCAUCGGCUUUCGGAGAGGGAAGGUGGGCCGCCAAAGCUUCGAAUAACAGGAAUUGAUCUUCCUCAGCCGGGAUUUAGGCCGGCAGAGAGGGUUGAGGAGACGGGGCGGCGCCUGGAGAAGUACUGCCAGAGGUUUGGAGUGCCAUUUGAGUACAAUUGCCUUGCACAGAAAUGGGAAACCAUAAGACUUGAGGACCUCAAAAUUGAUAGGAGUGAAGUGACUGUGGUAAACUGUUUGUACAGAUUGAAGAACCUGUCUGAUGAAACUGUGACAGCAAACUGUCCAAGAGAUGCUUUACUAAGGUUGAUCAGGCGGAUCAAUCCAAACAUCUUCAUGCAUGGGGUUGUCAAUGGCACAUACAAUGCACCAUUUUUCCUGACAAGGUUCAGGGAAGCACUCUUCCACUUCUCAGCAUUGUUUGAUAUGUUUGAAGCUAAUGUGCCACGUGAAGAUCCAUCAAGACUUAUGUUUGAAAAAGGGUUGUUUGGAAGGGAUGCGAUCAAUGUGAUAGCAUGUGAGGGAGCAGAGAGGUUUGAAAGGCCAGAGACCUACAAGCAGUGGCAGGUUAGGAACCAGAGAGCAGGGUUCAAGCAACUUCCAUUGGCACCAGAUCUUGUGAAUAGAGUGAAGGAAAUGGUGAAGAAGGAAUAUCAUAAAGAUUUUGUAGUUGAUGAAGAUGGCAAGUGGGUUUUGCAGGGAUGGAAAGGACGUAUUCUUUUUGCUACUACUUCUUGGGUUCCAGCUUGAGCAAUGACUGACUCCUAAGUCCUAACCUACUCAUUGCCUAGGAAAAUUGUUUUAGGUGUAAGGUGCAAGAUUAAGGGUGUAUUUAUUCUUGAAUACAAAUGAAUCAUGUUCAUAUUUUAUUUCAAUUUGAAUAAUGUGUAAAUACACUCCUCAUCUGUGCACUUGUGAACUAGGUCAGAAGACACAAUCUCCUCUGCAAUCUCCUAUUGGAGAAGAAUAUAUAAUAGUAUUUACAUCAAUGUGCUAAUUGCUCUGCAAUCUGCAGUGAGAUGCUUUGAGCAUCCUAGGAAUGUAGGAUGAGUUUGGCACUUAUUAAAUAUCUUCAUUAUUGCCCA